CUUAUUUUGUGCAGAAAACCAGGCAGUAGUGGAGGUAGUGCUCCGGCUCCCGCGCUUCGUUCUUCGUCGGAGAGGCUCAUCGGGGAAAUCAAAGUUUGCAGGUAACAAAAAAAAGCCCCAUGUAUGGUUUCCUUCUCUCACCAUUCACCGCCUUUCUCCCUUUUGCCGGAAUCCAGAAACCAAUUUCGUUAGAGUGGAGGAGCGGCCGCCGGCGGUUUAAUUUUGCAUGCUAACCGGUAAUUUUUCGGAGUCAGAGAGCUUGAGAAAUGGAUGCUGAUUUGGAUCCUUUUGGAGACGUAUUUGACGAGCCGGCGGCGGGGGCUCGAGCUCGUCCGGCGGGGAAGUUCCAGCCGAAGGCCCGACCUAGGAAGGGAAAGGCUGCCGCAGUUGCUCCUCCUGUUCAUGCCACCGCUGCUGCAAAUAAACCUAAUGAGGUGGCCUCUGAUGGUGAUGCUACGUUGAGGGAUUUGGAUUCGUCAGCGGUGGAGAAUGCUGACAUUAUUUUGGAGUUGGAUGUUAUCCAUGAUUUGGUUACUCAGCCCACAAGUGACACAGGGAUUUCAGUUCCUUGUACAGAUGAAGGGAUAGAUGAGCCGCGGUCGAGUUCUUUGGUUCAAGAGUCUGCUGAUUCUUCGGAGUUGAGGAGGAGUGACAUGGCAACCAAAGAUCCGGUAGCUGUUGAUACUGACGGUGAGAGGUUACAAUCAGAGUUGCAGGCAUCAGGUGAUUUUCUGGACAUGGAAGCAACAAAUGUCUUCUCUGAAUCUGCUGUUGCAUCAGGGAAAGGUCACGAUGAUGGCGUCCUCCCAGAUGGAGUUGAGUCUCCUGUUCCUCCAGAGGCUACAGAUUUCAUUGCUUCGGAGACCAGAUAUGGAAGUGAGAGCUCAUUACCCACUGCACAAGAUGAUGUUGUUGAUUAUUACUCAUCCAUGAGCUUCGAUGAUUAUCUACCAUCAACGCCUGCUGCUUCAGAGUUUCCUAUGAAUUCAGACCAGAUAGAUUCAAGGAAAAUUUGUGACUUGAAUGAGGGUCAAGAGAGCAGAGAAAAGCAUGGUUUGGAGUCUGAUCUAACUCGGAAGUCCAAUAAUUCUUCCUUGGAUAUUGGAAAAAAUGGUGGCAAGGUGUUGAGAAAGCGAUCAGGUACACGUCAAGCUGUUAACCAACCCGAAAAUGAAGGUCAUGCUGAUGGCAACCCCCCCGGUGAAGCACCUGGUUGUCCGGUUAUAGAUGAAGAGAAUGAUAGUGAAUAUCAGGUGGAUGAGGAUGAAAAUAAUGAUAAGGGUGGUGAUGAUGGUUUUGAUGGUGGAGAAAACUCUGGCAAAAAGAAGAGAGCUUCUAAAAGGUCAAAGAAAUCAGUUCCAGAUAAGGGAACUGGAGGUCGAAAGCGUAAGAAAGCCUGUGAAACAUCUGAAGAGUCGAGCCAGAAACCUCCCAAGAAGUUUGCUCAUACAACUCGCCGAAAGAAAAGAUACAGGAAUGAUGAGUUGCUCAAAGUACCUGACGAUGAAAUAGAUUUUCGGAGCUUGCCCAUGCGAGAUAUCAUUUUUCUUGGUGAACACAGAGAACGGUUAGCUGCUAAAGAGGCAAAAGAGGCAAAAGCUUUGAAUCAGGGCACUUCCAAUAAUGAAGUGGAUGACGUUGAGCCUGAGGAAGCUGGAAUCGUGUCAGGCACCCCUUUAUUCAACAGCCAUUCUUUCAUGAAUAGGACGCGGACCGUGAGAUGGUCAAAACAAGAGACAGAUUUAUUUUACGAGGGAAUCAGACAGUUUGGAACUGAUCUCUCAUUGGUACAACAACUGUUUCCGGGGAGGGAUCGCCGUCAGAUCAAGAAUAAAUUUAAGGCUGAAGAGCGCCGUCAGCCAUUUUUACUUCACGAAGCUGUGGGAAAUCGUGACAGAGAUAAUUCAUAUUUUGUGAGGGUGAUUGAUCAGCUGCGGAAAGCUGCUGCUGAGGCAGGUAGAGAUUUAAAUAGAGAUCAUCCAACAGAUGAGGCAGAAGAGGAGGAAGAGCAGAAUUCAGAAACUAAUGAAGAAGCAGGGCACUCGGAGCAAGACGAGGCAGCAACAGCAGGCCAAGAUCCCGAGGGAAUCGUUGCUGAAGCCCCUAGUCCUGAGGAAGAGAUUAUUGAUGAAGAUGAUCUAUGGAGCUCAUAUAAAAGUGAAUUUUGAAUGGUAGCAGACUAACAGAAAGUAAAACUUAGAUAUAAUUCUCAGGCUUGAGGUUGGAGAAAUAUUAGCUGUGUUGGCUUCCCUGCCUCCUUUGUUUCUGCUUCCAACUCAAGACAUGUAAGCCGAUAGUAAAGCUUCAAAUUUAGAACAAGAAAUGUUGACAACUGGAAGGUCAUAAUGUCCAACUGGAAUUUUUUUUUUAUUAAUGUUGACUACUAAUAUAAUUACAAUAAUAAGGUUUAGGCUUUAGGGUGCUGUUGAUAGUUGACCAUGGCUUGCCCACAGUUAUUUUCCACUAUUUUCUAUAAUGUUAUUUGUAAAAUCCUCAUAAUUUGUUACAUUUCGUUUCUAAUCAUAGGCAA